AUGGCGCGGGAAGAGCAGGGUCCGAUCUCCUGCACCUCUGCAGCCGAGAAGGAGAUGGGAGGAGCAGAGCAAAGGGAGAAGCAGUACCGAGCCCAUCGGGGAUUCGGGGAUCGCCGCGGUGGGGUCAUCAGUGCCCGCACCUAUUUCUACGCUGACGAGGCCAAGUGUGACCAGCAUAUGGAGACUUUCCUCCGCUGCAUCGACGCCUCAAGUGGCAGCUCAGAGGACGGCUUCUCGGCCAUCAAGCUGACGGCGCUGGGCAGACCUCAGUUCCUGCUGCAGUUCUCAGAGGUGCUGGUGAAGUGGCGGAGGUUCUUCCACCAAAUGGAAGCAGAGCAGGGCCAGGCCGGGCGGGCAGUGCUGGAGAUGAAGCUGGAGGCGGAGAAGCUGCAGGAGGCCCUGGCCAACCUCGGCAUCGCAACCAAGGCGGAGAGCCAGCACUGGUUCACAGGCGAGAACCUGGGUGUAAGCGGCACUGUGGACCUGCUGGACUGGAACAGCCUGAUCGACAGCCGCACCAAGCUCUCCAAGCUGCUGCUCGUCCCCAACAUGCAGACUGGGCAGCUGGAGCCUUUGCUCUCACGCUUCACUGAGGAGGAGGAUCUGCAGAUGAAGCGGAUGCUGCAGCGGAUGGACGUCCUUGCCAAGAGAGCCACGGAGAAGGGCGUGAGGCUGAUGGUGGACGCGGAGCAGAGCUACUUCCAGCCAGCUAUCAGCCGCCUCACUCUGGAGAUGCAGCGCCGCUUCAACAGGGAUCGGGCGAUCAUCUUCAACACCUACCAGUGCUACCUGAAGGAGGCUUACGACAAUGUGACGGUGGACGUGGAGCUGUCACGCCGGGAGGGCUGGCACUUCGGAACCAAGCUGGUCCGUGGUGCCUACAUGGAGCAGGAGCGGGAGAGGGCAGCCCAGAUUGGCUAUGAGGAUCCCAUCAACCCCACCUACGAGAAGACCAACGAGAUGUACCACAGGUGCCUGGACUAUAUCCUGGAGGAGAUCAAGCACAGCCGCAAAGCCAACGUGAUGGUGGCAUCUCACAAUGAGGACACGGUGAAGUUCACCCUGCGCAGGAUGAUGGAGCUCGGGAUCCAUCCCUCAGAGAAGAAGGUGUACUUUGGGCAGCUGCUGGGCAUGUGUGACCAGAUCACCUUCCCCCUGGGUCAGGCUGGCUUCCCCGUCUACAAGUACGUGCCCUACGGCCCAGUGAACGAGGUGCUGCCCUACCUGUCCCGGAGAGCCCAGGAGAACAGGGGCUUCGUCCAGAGGGCGAACCGGGAGCGGGACCUCCUCUGGAGGGACGUCAAGAGGCUGCUCCUCGCGGGCAGCGCCCGGGGUCUCUCGUGCCUUCACCUAUAA